AGUGGUGGUUGCUGUUCUCCAUAUGUCCCCGGUAACUUUAACCCGGGCUGGGGACAGGACAGAGGGGACUCCCGGUCCAUCUUACGUGGCUGCAGUCUACGAGCAUCAGGUGAUUCUGAACCCAGAGCCGCACGUGCCUCUGUCCCUAGCCGCGACGCUCGAGCACAUGAGGAACCUGAAGGACCAAGAGGAGCAGGCCGCGCGGCCAGCGGAACAGGGGGCUCAGAUCAUAGUAUUUCCAGAGGACGGUAUCCAUGGGUUCAACUUCAGUCGUCUGUCCAUCUCUGGUUACCUAGAGACCAUCCCUGACCCACUGACGGAGGACUGGAACCCCUGUACACAGCCUGACAGACACAAUAACACUGAGGUCCUCCAGAGUUUGAGCUGCAUGGCUCGACGUCACCAACUAUACCUGGUGGCCAACAUGCCUGACCUCCAGCCCUGCCCUCUGACCUCUCACCCCACCUGCCCCCCCGACGGGCGCUGGCAGUUCAACACUGAUGUAGUCUUCAGGUUGGUGGUAAAUGGGUUGUUUCACUUUUAAACACGUUUCUUGAU